AACCUCUGCACUAGGAUGUUGCGGAAGGCUCUGCACAGGGGGCUGAGAACAUGUUUUUCAAGAUUGGGCUUUUUCAUCGCUAGCCAUCCAGUGUUUUUUGUAUCAGCCCCAAUACUGAUCUCUAUAUUGCUGGGGGCUAGUUUUAGCAGGUAUAAGGUUGAAGAGAACAUUGAAUAUUUGCUGGCCCCUAAACACAGCCUAGCCAAAAUAGAGAGGAACCUGGUGGAUAAUCUGUUCUCUGUCAAUCGCUCAAAACACCGUCUAUACUCAGAUCUCCAAACACCUGGGAGGUACGGCAGAGUCAUCAUCACAUCAUCCAGGAGAGCAAACAUGUUGGACCAACACCACACGGAUCUCAUUCUGAAGUUUCACUCUGCAGUGAAAAGGAUUCAAGUCCACCGGCCGGGGUUCAAUUAUACAUUUGCUCACAUUUGCAUGUUGAACAAUGAGAAAACCUGCAUAGUGGAUGAUAUAGUACACAUAUUAGAGGAACUGAAGGCAGCUCGCUCUUUAAAUCGAACAAACGUUGUCAUUACCUAUCCUAUAACACAGUUAAAGGAUGGCAGAGAAGUUUACAAUGGGCAUCAGUUGGGAGGUGUCACCGUGCACAGCAAAGAUCGAGUUAAGUCUGCAGAGGCCAUCCAGCUCACAUAUUAUCUACAGGCAAUCAACUCCAUCAAUGAAAUGGUGGCUGAAAAGUGGGAAUCUAUUUUCUGUGAGACUGUGGAAAGCUUUCAAAGGUUAAAUAGAGAGGUUAAAAUGUACCCUUUCACGUCUUCAUCUCUAGGUGAAGAUUUUCAGAAAACCAGCAGGGUUGCAGAACAUUACCUGUUCACAAGUCUUAUCUUAGUUCUUUCAUUGGCUAUUGUGUGCUGUUCCAUGCAGGACUGUGUUCGAAGUAAACCUUGGUUGGGUCUACUUGGACUUGUGACUGUCACUCUUUCCACUCUCACUGCCGCAGGGAUCAUCAAUUUGACAGGAGGAAAAUAUAAUUCUACUUUCCUGGGAAUUCCAUUCAUCAUGCUAGGUCAUGGAUUAUACGGGACAUUUGAAAUGUUGUCUUCUUGGAGGAAAACCAGAGAAGAUCAACACGUAAAAGAGAGGACGGCUGUUGUGUAUGCAGACACCAUGAUUUCCUUCUCACUCACCACUGCUAUGUAUUUAGUCACCUUUGGGAUUGGCGCCAGUCCCUUCACAAACAUUGAAGCUGCAAGGAUAUUUUGUCGCAAUUCAUGCAUAGCAAUCCUCUUCAACUACCUCUAUGUACUAUCAUUCUAUGGCUCUAGCCUUGUGUUUACUGGGUACAUUGAAAACAAUUACCAGCAUAGUAUUUUCUGCAGAAAGGUGCCAAAGCCUGAAAUCCUACAGGUCAAGUCGUUGUGGUACAGGUUUCUUAUGACUGCAAAAUUUAGUGAAGACACAGCGGACUCCGAAGAAACAAAUUCUUAUGAAAGUCAUCUUCUAGUUUGCUUCCUCAGACGCUAUUACUGUGACUGGAUAACAAAUACUUAUGUAAAACCUUUUGUAGUUCUCUUUUAUCUUGUUUAUAUUUCCUUUGCCUUAAUGGGCUACCUGCAGGUCAAUGAAGGGUCUGAUCUUAGUAACAUUGUAGCAACCGAGACAAGAACCAUAACUUACACAAGCAUUCAGCAAAAGUAUUUCAGCAACUAUAGUCCAGUUAUAGGCUUUUACAUUUAUGAGUCUAUUGAAUACUGGAAUACAAGUGUUCAGGAAGAUGUUCUUGAGUACACAAAAGGUUUUGUGAGAAUAUCUUGGUUUGAGAGCUACUUGAGUUAUCUAAGAAAGCUUAACAUGUCUACUGGAUUACCCAAAAAGAACUUCACAGAUAUACUUCGGUAUUCCUUUAUAAAAAAUCCGAGAUAUGCACAUUUUUCUGAAGACAUUAUCAUACCCAAAAAUUAUAACAAUGCAGUUGACGUGGUGGCCUCUAGGAUGUUCUUGAUUGCCAAGACCAUGGAAACAAACAGGGAAGAACUUUAUGAUCUCCUUGAAACAUUAAGGAAACUUUCUCUAACCUCCAAAGUAAAAUUCAUUGUCUUCAAUCCAUCCUUUGUCUACAUGGAUAGGUAUGCUUCUUCAGUGGGAGCUCCAUUGCAGAACUCCUGCAUAAGUGCUUUGUUCCUGCUUUUUUUCUCUGCAUUUCUUGUUGCAAGCUCUAUCAUCAAUGUCUGGAUUACGCUAACUGUGGUCUCUGUCGAGUUUGGAGUUAUUGGAUUCAUGACUUUAUGGAAAGUAGAACUGGACUGCAUAUCUGUACUUUGUCUUAUCUAUGGGAUUAAUUACACCAUAGACAACUGUGCACCACUGAUAUCUACUUUUAUUUUGGGAAAGGAAUUUUCAAGAACUAAAUGGGUGAAAAAUUCAUUGGAAGUACAUGGGGUAGCCAUUUUACAGAGCUACCUCUGUUACACUGUUAGUCUGAUCCCUCUUGCAGCUGUGCCUUCAAAUUUGACCCGUACACUGUUCAGGUGCUUGUUUUUAAUAGCGUUCGUCACAUUUUUUCAUUGCUUUGCCAUUUUACCAGUUCUGCUUACUUUUGUACCACCUUCAAAGAAGAAAAGGAAAGAAAAGAAAAUGCAAGAACAUCGUGAAGAGAUAGAAUGUGUUGAAAUGGUGGACCUAGACAGUACCAGAGUGGUUGACCAAAUUACAACUGUCUGA